AUGAAAACCUAUUCAUUUUUUUACCUGCAAUCAGAAAUUGUGGAUAUAAUGUAUGUUAACUCUGGUGGUGUAACUGUUUCAUAUUUCGAAUGGUUGAAGAACCUUAACCAUGUCUCUUACGGUCGACUUAGCUUCAAAUAUGAAGAAGACUCGAACAGAAUGCUCCUCCAAUCGGUACAAGAAUCUCUGGAAAAGGCCAUCGGCAAAAAUGCCCCAGUUACACCCAACAAGGCAUUUGAAGCCAAAAUUGCCGGAGCUAGCGAGAAGGACAUUGUUCACUCUGGUCUCGAAUACAGCAUGACCCGUGCCGGUGAGGCCAUCAUUCGCACAGCUCACAAGUACAACCUCGGCUUGGACAUCCGCACAGCUGCCUAUGCCAACUCCAUCGAAAAAGUCUACAACACCUACCGAACCCUCGGAUUCACAUUCACGUAA